AUGGGAACCAGUCGUAUAUUUGUUCCCAUUCUUGCAUUGACGUAUAUUGUAUUGGAUCUAACUAUCAGCAGUAUAGCUUAUGGAUUCUAUCAUGAAGGUUAUUAUUUUGAUAAAAGUGUAAUGACAAAGCUUAUUACACUUCAAGAUGGAUAUGGUUUCUUGACAUCACCCAUUGAAUUUAGUGUUGUUGCUAUUUUACGUGCAUUUGUUGUUAUUGGAGGAGUUGUAUGUUUUUUGAUGAAUAAAUAUCCAGGACUCAACUUUGUACUUGUUUCUGCAAAUUUUGUUUCAUGGUCAUUGUCUUUUGUUAAGUUAUUGGCUUUAUCUGAAAUCACCCAAUAUCAUACUUAUCCUGGUAUUUAUAUUUCAUUGUCAUGGAAUUUUAUAGCUUUUGUCAAUCUUACAAUUUUAUGGUGUUUAUAUCUUGAUUGUCCAGAAACUCCUGAAUGGUUACAAAAAUUCCAUAGAUUUUUGGAGGAUAAAUUUUUGUGUUGUAAAACAUUAAAAUCAAAAGAUCAAGCAUUUAUUACACGAUUUAUUGAAGAACAGGAUGAGGGAAGAUUACUUAUUGAUGAUGAUAAUAGAAGUGAAAAUAGCAGUAGGAGUCAUGUAUCAACACGUACAAUUAUAGAUGAUGAACAAGUUACUACAUUUAAAAAAAUUGAGGAUGAUGAUGAAUUGGUUGAAAAACUUACAACAAUGUCACAUGUCUGGAAAAUUAUUGUCUAUUGCAAGUAUCACUGGACAUGGUUUUUCUUUGGAUUCUUUUUCCUUACAAUUUACUCAUCUGCUCGUAUUUUUAUUCCAUACAUGACAGGUACUGUCUUAUCAAAUAUUGUUUCUGGAGGUGGUUAUAAAGCUUUAGUUGAUUCUGUUGUUCUUAUGGCAGCAUUAACAAUGACAGCAACAAUUUUCUCUGGUCUUCGUGGUGGAUCAUUCCUUUAUGCAACAUCAUUAAUUCAUAAAAGAAUGAGAAAUGAUUUAUUUAGAAGUUUGACACAACAAGAGAUAGGAUUUUUUGAUGAAGCUGAUACUGGAUCAAUUUCAUCACGAUUAACUUCUGAUUGUGAAAGAAUGUCAUCUUUGAUUUCAACCAAUUUAAAUGUUUUUAUGAGAAAUACUGUUAUGCUUGUUGGUGCUCUUGUUUUUAUGUUUUGCAUGUGUUGGAGAUUAGCUUUAGUAACAAUAAUUGCUGUACCACUUCUUGGAUUUAUUAGUAAAGUUUAUGGUAGUUAUUAUGAUAUGCUUGGUGAAAAAACACAAGAAACAAUAGCUGAUGCAAAUAAGAAGGCUGAAGAAGUUUUAUCUACAAUGAGAACUGUUAGAUCAUUUGCCUGUGAAAUUAAAGAAGCUGAUCAAUUUGAAACAUGUCUUUAUAGAACUCUUGAUGUUAGAAGAAAAGAAUCACUCGCAUAUAUGGGUUACACAUGGAUGAAUGAAUUUUGUGAUAAUGCUGUCUUGGUAACUGUUCUUUUUUAUGGUGGUCAUUUAGUUCUUUCCGGUAGAAUGACAUCAAGUCAUUUGUUGAAAUUUUUACUUUAUCAACUUCAAAUUGGUGAAAACUUACUUCAAAUUACUUGGGUAUUCCAAGGUCUUAUGCAAGCUGUUGGUUCUAGUAGAAAAGUUUUUGAAUAUAUUCUUAGAAAACCAAAAAUUAAGUAUGAUGGUAAAGUAAUGAAUCCUGUUCAAGGAAAAGUUUCAUUCAAUAAUGUUUCAUUUAACUAUCCAACACGACCAAAUCAACCAGUUUUAAAUAAUAUGUCAUUUACUGUUAAUCCUGGUGAAACAGUUGCUUUUGUUGGUCCUAGUGGAGCAGGAAAAAGUAGUGUUAUUGCUUUGAUCCAACGUUUCUAUACACCAAAUGCUGGUACUAUUACAAUUGAUGGAGUUCCAAUAGAUAAUUAUAAUCAUGAAUAUUACCAUCAAAAAAUUGCUUUGGUAGCUCAAGAACCUAUAUUAUAUUCUGGAACUAUUAUGGAAAAUAUUAAAUAUGGUUGUAGUUGGAUAACUGAUGAACAAGUUUAUGAAGCUGCUAAAUUAGCUAAUUGUCAUAACUUUAUUAUGGAUCUUGAAGAUGGUUAUGAGACAACUUGUGGUGAAAAAGGAACUAAAAUGUCUGGUGGACAGAAACAAAGAAUUGCCAUUGCUAGAGCUAUGGUAAGAAAACCAUCUGUUCUUAUUCUUGAUGAAGCAACUUCUGCUUUGGAUGCUGAAAGUGAACAUAUUAUUCAGGAAGCAUUAAAUAAUUGUACACAAGAUAAGUCUGUUUCUAAAAUUGUUAUUGCUCAUCGUCUUAGUACUAUUGAGAAGGCUGAUAGAAUAUUUGUUGUUCAAAAAGGUGUCAUAAUUCAAGAAGGAAGUCAUCAAAAACUUAUGGAAGAUAGUGAUGGACUAUAUUAUAAUCUUGUUCAAAAACAACUCAAACUAGCUGAUGAAGAAGUUGGUAUUUUGACAACAGUCUCUCCAAUUAGUGAUAGACACGGAAGAAGUAGAACUGAAAGUAGAAGGAGUGAUACAAUGUCUGUUUCUACUCAUCAAGCUACUGAUAACGUUUUUGGAACAAGUAUUGGAAGUUUUGGUAGAACUGGUUUGGCAUUAAGACAUCAAUCAGUCACAAAUACUAUGGAUCAUAUAAAUGAUACAGAUAUUCAGUGA